GUCCGGGAGGUUGCUAGGUAACACCAGUCAGCUUGCUCUGUGCGAGCACGCCAGCUAGCUAACUGGCUAGUUAGCGUCGCUUGUUUUGGGGAAUUUGGCAGAUUCGGUCUCAUUUGGAGCCGUGAAAUAUACACGUUUGGCAUCAUGAUGACGAUAAAAGACGGGGAGUAUACUGCUACUAUCUAUAAACUGAUUAAGGACAGCCAGUAUGUUGAGGCCAUUCACAUUCUCAACAGCCAACUUCAAAAGCACACCAGGUCUCGGGCGGCGCUGUCCCUGCUGGGCUUCUGCUACUACCACGUCCAGGACUUCAGCGCCGCGGCCGAGUGCUACGAGCAGCUGACGCAGCUGCACCCCGAGGUGGAGGAGUACCGGGUGUACUACGCUCAGAGUCUGUACAAGGCGGGCGCCUAUGCCGAGGCCACCAAGGCUUCCUUCGCCCUGGAUACGCCCAGCAGCCAAACCAAGAUGAUCAAACUGCAAGCCUCCAUCAAAUAUUUUGAGGAGAAUUACUCUGCUGCCAAAUCUCUGGUGGAGCAGCUUCCCCCGGAGGACACUGACUACGUGUACAACAUGGGCUGCCUGCUCUACCAGGAUGCCAAGUACGAGGACGCCUGCAAGAAGUUCACAUCGGCCAUGCAGGUGCUGGGAUAUGUGCCUGCUCUGUCAUACAAUAUCGCGCUAUGCUACUACAGGCUCAGCAACUACGCGCAGGCCCUCAAAUACAUCGGUGAGAUCAUCGAGCGAGGCAUCCGGGAGCAUCCAGAGCUGAGCGUUGGCCUGACGACGGAGGGCAUCGACGUGCGCAGCGUGGGCAACACGCUGGUGCUGCAUCAGACUGCCCUGGUGGAAGCCUUCAACCUCAAGGCUGCCAUCGAGUACCAGCUGAAGAACUUAAAAGGAGCUCAGGAGGCUUUGACGGACAUGCCGCCGAGAUCAGAGGAGGAGUUAGACACGGUGACUCUGCACAACCAGGCUCUGCUUAACAUGGACACCAAGCCCUCGCAAGGCUUUGAGAAGUUGGCUUUCCUGCUGCAGCAGCCGUCCUUCCCGCCCGUCACCUUUGGUAACUUGCUGCUGCUCUACUGCAAACAUGAGUAUUUUGAUUUGGCAGCUGACGUCCUGGCAGAAAAUGCACACCUCACCUACAAAUUGCUUUCUCCAUAUGAGUACGAGUUUCUAGAUGCCUUGCUGACCUGCCAGACGGCGCCAGAGGAGGCAUUCAGGAAAUUUGAUGACAUGAUCCGCAAAAUGACAGAGAAGUUGCGCAAGCUGGCCAAGCAGCUGCAAGAGGCCAAGACGGCUCGAGACGAUGACGGGCAGAAGAAAGCCCUCCAGGAUUAUGACACCAUGCAGGAGAAGUACAUCGUGGUCCUGAUGGCCCAAGCCAAGAUCUACUGGAAUCGUGAAAACUUUGCGAUGGUGGAGAAGAUCUUCCACAAGUCCAUGGAGGUGUGCAAUGAGGACGACACGUGGAAGCUGAACGUGGCCCAUGUGCUCUUCAUGCAGAACAAGUACAAGGAGGCCAUCAGCUUGUACGAGCCCAUCGUCAAGAAGCACUACGACGACAUCUUGAAUGUGAGCGCUGUGGUCCUGGCCAACUUGUGCGUGUCCUACAUCAUGAACAGCCAGAAUGAAGAGGCCGAGGAGCUAAUGAGGAAGAUCGAGAAGGAGGAGGAGCAGAUCUCCUAUGACGACCCAGACAAGAAAGUCUUCCACCUGUGCAUCGUCAACCUGGUCAUCGGCACGUUGUACUGCGCCAAGGGCAACUACAAUUUUGGCAUCUCUCGCGUCAUUAAGAGCCUGGAGCCUUACAACAAGAAGCUGGGGACGGACACGUGGUUUUACGCCAAGCGCUGUUUCCUGUCCCUGCUGGAGAACAUGUCCAAGCACAUCAUCACACUGAAGGGGGUGGUGGUCCAGGAGUGCAUUCAGUUCUUGGAGAACUGUGAAGAGUACGGACGGGAGGUGCCCGCCGUCAUCGAGCAGCCGCUGGAGGAAUCUCCCGUCCAAAUGGGCAAGAACACGGUCACCUACGAGGCCCGGCUACUCAAGGCCCUCUUCUACAAAGUCACCAGCUGGAAUGAGUGAAGACCCAACCAAAGACAACACCACAGACUCUUUUAGUGGACUACUUCCUUUUAUUUGGAACAAAGAACAAAAGUCAAGGAAAAAAUGAGGCAAGGUUUUUGCGGGCCAAAAUAAGUGUUGGAUGUGCCCCCGCGGGCCUUGAGUUUGACACCCUUAACCUAGAUGUUAUUUAUAUAACGUGUUUGUUGGUCUGUUAGCAAGCUGGUCCACAAAGAACACAUACAGUAAAGUGCUGGUGGGCAUCCAGGAACAGUUUCGAUGAGGUCUUGCUCUACUGGGGGACGUUCUAGACUUAAAAAGUGUUGGUUGUCAUUCUUGUGGAUUUAAGAGUUCAAGCUUUAAAAAUUUUUUAAAAAAAAGCAGGCAGGAAUAAAGUUUUCAUUUUGGA